AAGGAAACUUGACACAAAAACAGCAUAUGCAUUUAUAAAGUUCUAUAUGUGUAAUACCGCCAGUUUUUAACAAUUAAAUGUAAAGAUGAAUCGUUACGAUAUGUUUGAAAUCCUGGAAUUUGACGAGCAAGACUAUUUGGGCCAGUCCUCGUCGUCGAGCAGGGCAGGGCAGAGUAGAACAGGCAGCGGAAAGGGUCGAGUGCAUUUGACAGCCACGCCCCAAAGUCAGUCACAUAGAACCGCUGCCUUCAAGGGACAAUGGCAAACCUUUAAAGAGGAAGAUCUUGAAACCGUUUUGGACUUCACAGAGGAUGAGCAGCCUUUGGAUGAUACUGGAAAGCGAUGCUACACGCGUGCAUGUCGGAAACUGGAUGUCGUUCCGUCCUCUUAUAUCGUUUCAAAGCUUUCGCACUCAAAAGCUAUAGACUGCAAGCAUUAUGGUCUCGGACCAAAGGGAACGAUGGCUUUAGCAAUAGCCUUGGUGGUUAACAACCGAGUAACGAGUCUCAAUUUACAAGGGAAUGACAUCGGAGAAAAAGGAGUUUGCUACCUGCAGAAAAUGAUUAGCGAGAGUAACACAAUCACAGAAUUGAAUAUAUCAGACAACAAACUCGGUACAUACGGAGCACAUGCGGUCUGUAAGAUGCUUCAAGACAAUAGGAGUUUAACAAAACUGUACAUUUCCGGUGAGGACUUUUCGGAUUCCGAUGCCGUUAUUUUGGCGAAAGCCAUUCAGGAGCAUCCUGACCUGGAGGAGUUGGACCUAAGCCACAACAUGUUCAGUGACCUGUCCACUACCGCAUUCAGUGAAAUGCUCGCUGAGAACGGAGGCGUUCACACGUUAAACCUCAGCUGGAACCAAUUCAGAAAUGUCGGAGCGCAAAAUAUUGCCAAAGGAUAAAGGUAUAA